CGCCAUGGAACCUUGCUGUAAGUUUUGUAUGGGUUAAACUCGACACAUCAGAGGUGUGACGUGUGUAUGGGAGAGGAGAAGAGAGUCAUUUGCAGUGAAGGCUCCAACAUCAAUGGAGGUGGAAUACCAUGGCCAUGCGGCCACCACCACCAUUACCAACAACAACAAUGCAUGGUUUACAACACCAUUUUCCUCAUCUCUGGAUGAUGAUGAAUUUGGAGAUUUCGAAUCCGUUCCUGCCCAGCGAAAAGAUGAGGGCUUUUCAUUUGAUUUCUCCGGAUCCGCCAAUUUUAGAGCCCCUGCAAUGGUUGUUGACAACAACGAUGAUGGUGAAAAUGAGUGGGGAGAGUUUGUGGAUUUUAAUACAAAGAUGGACAAAGACGUCUCCAAACCCUUGCCGUUGUUUUUGUUCGGCGAUGAAGAAUUGGAUGACGGAGGAGGAGGAGAUAAUCUAUUAUUGAAUGAAUUUGAGAAAGUCAAGAGCUCUACUGGCACUGGCACUCUGUCUGGGGUUGAGUUAAAUGAUUUUAUUGCAACUCUAUACAAGCAAGCUGAGAAGGAGAAUGGAAACAAGAAAGAAGCUGUAGAAGAUUCGAGCAAGGGGGGAUCUGUGCAGGUCAAUAAUCACUCAUUUCAAAACAAUGAAGACUUGGAAUCAAGUGAUCCCUGGGAAUUCAAAGAUGCCUUCUCUCAGCAUUCCCAUGCUAAUGCUAAUGGUAAUAAUGGCAUCAUACAGAGUGGUGAUGGUGACGAUGAGAAAGAAUUAUCAUUCUCAUUGUAUGAAUCUCAAUCUCAUUCUAAUUCUGAAUUGGAUGGUGAGCACUGUCAUCAACAAAAUGAAGACAAACUGAAGGAGGUUGGCACAUUUUAUGAUAAAUUAAGAGCAUAUUCACAUUCAGUUGCACUCGGGCAUCUCUCUCAAUUGGAGAAAACCUGUUCAGUUGCAUCACAAUCUAAUCUUCUUGACGAGGCAGAUACACUCCCCAAAGAAAUUCAGGCAGCCAGGGCAAAGCUUGAAGAGGCAAGAGAUGUUUUAAAACCACAUGAGAUAUGGGACCAUCAGUUAGGGAAUAUUGUGGUGGAGGAAUUAUUUGAGCAUCUCCAUCAUCCAUCCUUGCUGGUCUUUGAUUCAGCAUUUUCCUUGUCAGAGUUGAUAGCUGCAGCAAAAGGGAAUAUAAAAGUAGCAGUAGAUCUUUACAGACAUACAGUUUGGGUGCUUCUUCUGGUUUCAACUUCAGUAGAAUAUCAGCGUUCUUAUUUAAAUGUUUGGGCUACCAUUACAUCUGCUUGUGUGACUGAGCUACAGCAUGGCUUAGAAGUGUGGAAUCGAGCAUCAGAUGCAAAUGUUCACAUGCAUAUUCUCUCACAUCCUCAAGGAAAGAGCUACUUUGCUUCAUUGUUAGAGAUUUUCAAAGUCUCAGAGAUUCUUAGGGCAUCAAUGAAACUUUUCACACCCUGGAUAUUGUUAAAUCCAGACCAGACAAAACAUAUUUCUCGUAAUUUGAAAGAUUGUAUGGUUGCUUGGGCUGGAUAUGGGUCGAAAGAAGCCAUUGAGCAGGCUUUUCAUAGUGAUGAUGGCACCAAUCAAGUUACUUCAACCAACUGGAAAGGUGGAGAGGAAAUAAUGAAUACAGUUGAAUCGAUGGAAAAGCUUUGCCCAGGAGAUGCAUUAUACAAUGCCAAUCAAGCAUCUCAAUCAGUUUGUAGAUUAUCACUGCUACCCACAAAAGUUUUUGAUGGCAUAAAAGUAGUGGACUGGAGUGGCCAAAGUUAUUUCCUUCCAGUGGCAAAUCUGUGGGCCAAUUGUGUGUCUUGCAAGCCUCCAUACCUUCCUGUAAUAGAUUUCAGACUUUGAUGCCUUUGGUUCCGUAUUGAGAGUUUCUUGGAUUCCAUGCUUAAUAUUCACCAUUCUGUCUUUGUUGCAACUUCUGCAUCUACCUAACCUUACAGCUAGUCAAAGUAUAAUUUCUGAAAUUAGAAAUCAAGUACAAUGGAUAAUUUGCAUUCAAUUUUCCAACACAAAUUUUCUCAAGAUGAAAGGCAAAUGGAAUGGCUGGUAUGGAGAUGUCUACUAUCACAGAUGUCAGCAUGUGUCUAAUGCCAGAUGAAAUGGAGGAAGCAAAUUUCACACAUGGAUUUGGAAAUAGUUAUCACUUGUUUUCAAGAAGUUUUGCACCAGAUUGUUCCAUGGGGAAAAAUUAGGGACAAGUAGUGUUGAUCUGAUUGCAAAAGGUCCUCUCAUCAGUUACUGUUAAGCACUGGAAAUUCAGAUUAAAUUUUCGGUACUUCACUUGUCCUGACUCCCAAUAUUGAAUUCCAGCAUUUCAGGUUCUGAACUGCCGAGCCCUAUAUCAACAUGUUGAAAUUGUCAAGUGAUCGGUUUGAUUUAAUUUUUGGUAUGUCUUCCCAAGGAGGACCAUUUAUAAUAUAUAUUCAUAGCUGGAGUUCAUAUGGAGUUGCAAGAAAAUAAAUGUAAAAUAUGGAAAUUCCAUAUGGUACCAUGUCAAAACUUACUAUAUUUGUUCUACUAAGCAUGGACGAUAAAUAGGUUUAAGAGUGCAUUUGGAGUGUUUUUUUGAGGAGUAUUAUUCUCUAAUAAGUAUUAGACAGAAAUAUUUUUGAAAAGACACAUUUUAACAAGUGACCUAAGUCGUUCCAAAAACUUCAAUGUGUUUUAGAAUUCAGUUCUAAUAUGAGUUGUGAUUUCAAUGA